ACGGUUGUUAGCCUUCAGAAAAAGCAAUCGAGCGUUGCUCACUCGAGCAGCCUCUCAAGUAAACGAGGAAUAGGAAGAUGGCAUCCACCGGGCAACCUGAUCCACCAGCACAGUCUGGCCUUCCAUCUGGAGAUGAUUCAGCAGCUCUCCCCAGGGAAGACCUGGUUGCCACUGCUGUAAAAUUUCUACAGAAUCCAAAAGUGCAUCAGAGUCCCUUGGCCACCAGAAAAGCCUUUUUGAAAAAAAAAGGGCUGACGGACGAGGAGGUAGAGUUGGCCAUCCAGCGCUCUGGCAGCACAGAACAAGUCCUGACUCUGAAUCCCACAGGGCCUCCGCAUCCCCUCUACGCAACUCGGCUGCCUCCUCCAGCUCACAGUCCAGUGGGCUACAGAUGGCGAGACUAUGGUGCCCUCACCAUCAUUGUGGUGGGCAUCGCCUUUAGCUUUCACCAGCUUUACAAGAAAUACAUCGUUCCCCUCAUUAUGGGCAGCCAAGAGGACAAGAGGCAUCUGCAGAGGAUGGAGAGCAACAUUGCGGCAAUGAGUGGCACGCUGACACAGACAGUAAGCCAGCUGCAGCAGACCCUGGUCUCCAUUCAGGAGCUCCUGGUCCAGCAGCAGCAACGAAUCCAGGAGCUCUCUCAGGAACUAGCUGCGGCAGAGGCGUCAACCUCAACCAGUCGCAUCCUGGACACCCAAACAAUUGGAGAACUGAAGGCUGAGAUCGUCUCUUUGAAGGGCUUACUGCUCAGCAGGAGACAAUUCCCUUCAACUCCCACUAUUCCUAAAAUCCCCUCAUGGCAGAUUCCUCUGAAGCCACCUUCAGCAUCCGGCUCGCCGGCUGUUAACCACACCAACAGCAGCAGCGACAUCUCCCCUGUGAGUAAUGAGUCUGCCGGCUCCUCACCCAUCAAAGAUGGACACCACAGCCCACAGGAUGCACUGGGAGGGCCUGAUGGAGCUCAUGGUAUCAAUCUAGAUGUAGACACUGUGGGCCUCAGCGCAACCCUGCCACUGGAUCUAAAGGACCAGGUCCGCAUGGAAGUGCAGGGGGAGGAGAAAAAGGAGGAAGAGGAGGAUGAUGUCAGCCAUGUUGAGGAGGAGGAUCUAAGCAUGCACGCAGAGGAUCGGCGAGGUGGGGAUGGACAGAUUAAUGAACAGGUGGACAAACUGAGGCGGCCAGAGGGUGCGAGCAAUGAGAGUGAAGUGGAUUAGACAGUGGAGAGCAGAAAAACACUCUCCAAACAGCACUUCUCAUCUCUGCUGACAGCAUCCUUUCAUUCUGCUGCUCUGUGCCCGCUCUCAUCCCGUUUGUUUGGUUUUUUUUCUAGAUUUAAGUCCAUCGCCACUGUCUUUUGCCACUUGUUUCUAUAUCAUCUUAAUCUUGAGCAAAAUGAGGAGUAGGCGUGGGCGUGAGAAGAAGCAAAACUGACAAAUAUUGGAAUAUCUAGUUGACAUAUGGCUUACCUCAGUUUACUUUUCAUCAUGUAAGCAAAAUGACUGCAUGCCUAGCCAAGUGCCAUGCUGUGACGUUUCUUUGAAAUGAGAAAUGACAGGCAAUAGUCAAAUCAGAAUGACUUAAAAAGGCUGUAUGCAGAAGUAACAGCGUGACUUACUGUUUUUAAUUUUCAUGAUUUGAUCAGAUAAUUCACAGUUUUGCCUUGGUGUGUUGCAAUUAUCCAGACCAAAGAGGCAGUGCUGCACAGAAUCUCUCUGCUGCAUAGUGCAGCUGUGGGUCAGGAGUCAUAUGUUGGUACUUCAGUCUCAAAGCUACCAGGAGCUUCCAGAGAAGCAUCAGGACAAUUUGUCUCCCUGUUGAUGGCAAUAGGAGAAGACAAGCUCUUCCAGGGCUGGAGCUUUUAGCCUCUUUUAUGUGUCCUUUCGCAUUGGUGUCAGUCUGUCAAUAAUUCACAAGGCCAGGAGGUUGGCAUUUGGGUGAAAUAAAAGCCCUGAAAUUCGAGAUUAGAACGUGAUGACGGGCUUUGUUCCGUGCCGGUGUCAGAGUGCUCAUACGCUCAAAGGAGAGGAAGAUAAAUGUUUUUUCCCCCCACUUUCCUUUUUCACUGAGGGCUGAAUUGUGCAUCUUUGUGUGUUUGUGCAUGGCAGGCGAGAAAACCCAGACUGUCUGCUGAGCUGUGUCUGUGUCUCCAGCAGGGCAGCUGAUUUGGUUUGUGAAGUAUGUUAAUAAUCAAAUGAUCAACAAAUAACAGAUGUAUUAGUUCAUGCAGCUUGAAAUGUCAAGCAGGCUAAAAGCGGAAAUCUAAUACAGAAAGCCCAGUUGCAUUGUAUUAUUUUCUGUGACAAACCCUCUGGUCCAAAUUACGUAGGGCCUCCUACAGUGAGUAAUCUUUACAGAAAACGGCGCCAAUAUUUUGUAAUUAAACUGCAGUAAGACGACGAGGGCUGCCACAGAUGGAAGUUGCAGAACUUGUAUCUUUUUUUUUUCACAGUGUGGAGGUGGAUGGGGAAAGUUAAAAGAGAAAAAAAGCCCAUGAUUGAAAAAGAAAGUAAUAAAUGAAUACUUGACUUAUUGAAUUACUCACUCUGUCUCCAGCUAACAAGAAGAGUCCAUGAGUGAGAAGAAGGGAUAUCAGCUCUGCUGCCAUUUCCACCUCCAUCUCAUGGUCUUCAUAGGAACAGAGAAAAGGUAGAGGGUUGCUGAACCUUUGAGUCAGUCCUAAUCUACAGAUUGUUUUUAGUUGAUCAGGUUUAGUAGAAAUGAAUUGGUAUAGAUGAGUAACGGUUAAAACAAGUUCAGAAUCAAGAGAUGUAAUCUGUGCUUUUUAGCAAUCUAGUGUCAGUCAUUGGUCCUCUCUGUAACCUGCUGAUCAUCUGAAUCCCACCAGUGUACAUAAGUGUAAUAAAUUUUGCUGUGCAGUUUGGU